GGAGACGAUUAUCAUGAAGUUGUUCAUCCUGUGUGUCUUGGUAGCCUCGGGAUUCGCGGUCCCGCCGUCAACAAUCCCAAGGUCCAGGAGUGGCCAGAACAAGAUAGUUGGUGGCGAAGAUGCACGUCCUGGUCAGUUUCCCUACCAGCUGGGUUUAUAUGACGUGUCUGGCAUCCCCAAUGAAUUCCUAUGCGGGGCUAUCGUCUACGCUACUGAUACUAUGAUCACUGCUGCAAACUCUAUUUUAGAGGAGCUUGUGGCUGGAAAUCUCAGAUUGCAAUACGACGACGGGACAGAGCAAUCACGAAGCGUAGUUCAGAUCAUCGCGCACGAAAGUUACAACGUUAACACAGCUGAGAACGAUAUCGCAUUAUUAAAAGUUGACUCCUCUCUUGAAUUUAACACGUAUGUGUCCGGGGUGACCUUGCCUUUUCAGGGACAGAACUUCUCUGGAAAUGCUUUCGUUUCUGGAUGGAGAACCUUGAGCCCCGGAGGCAGUACUCCAGGUAACCUGCAGUACGCCAGCGUGCCCAUCGUCGACGACGAAACUUGUAGGAGCUUCUAUGGAGCGUCAGCUAUUGCCGACUCGAUGAUCUGUGCUGGAGACGGAAACGAGACAACAUGUAAGGGAGACGGUGGUGGCCCCAUGACGUGCGGGGAUUAUCUCUGCGGAAUUACCUCCUUUGGCUACGAGUGCAACAAGUUUGGGUACCCCGGAGUGAAAACAGAAGUCGUGAAAAGUCAUGAAAACAGCAUAAGUCGUGACUUCAACAAUACUUCAUGA